CCGCGGGGGUGCGGGCAGGGCCAGGCCGGACCCGCAGGGGCUUUGGGGACCGCGCGGGCGGGGGUCCGUGACCCGAACCGCCGCGUCCCGGGGCGCCUGCGAGAUGCGCGCCGUCAAUCUGAAGCGACCAUGUCCUUUCUGGGCAGAAGAUGGCCAUUGUUCAAUAAAAGACUGCCAUGUGGAGCCCUGUCCAGAGAGCAAAAUUCCAGUCGGAAUUAAAGCUGGGAGUUCUAAUAAGUACUCAAAAGUGGCAAACGAUACCAAAGAAUUAGAAGACUGUGAGCAAGCUAAUAAACUGGGAGCAAUUAACAGCACGCUAAGGUGUGUACACAUGAAAAUCAGUUUAAUCAAGAUAGUUAUUUUGUCUACCACCCUGAGAAGUUUUCUCCUGCUCUUUGGAAAUUGCUCUGGUCCUUUUCUUCCUGCCCCUGCAUUGCCCACUUCAAAGGCCACUGGUUUUAACCCAGCACCAUCUUGACAGGAAGUCCCUGGUAAAGACUAGGAAGUUGUGACCAAAGAAACAUUCAUUGACUGGGCGAGAUAUGAUGAUUCACAGGAUCAUUUUUGUGAACUUGAUGGUAAUAAACUAUUGUAAUGAAGUUAUUUUAACCUUAAUCCUUUUAUAAGAAAUGGAAAUCAGUGAAAAUAUAAUCAGUUAUACCUUGAA